GGUCAGCUCUUCUUCACAUCUCCCCCAGACUCAAGAUGACUUCGGCUACAAAAGUUUACUACAGCCAGACGACGCAGACUGACAGCCGCCCCCUGAUUGGUGCUGCCCUGCGCAAGAGGCGGGUGAUGACGAAGGACGGGCGGAGCAAUGUGAAGAUGGAGCACAUCGCUGACAAGCGGUUCCUCUACCUGAAGGACCUGUGGACCACCUUCAUCGACAUGCAGUGGCGCUACAAGCUGAUCCUCUUCUCGGCUUCCUUUGCAGGGACCUGGUUCAUCUUUGGCGUCAUCUGGUACCUUGUGGCUGUGCUGCACGGAGACCUGUUGGAGUUCGAUCCUCCCGCCAACCAUACCCCGUGCGUCAUGCAGGUCCACACGCUCACUGGGGCCUUCCUUUUCUCCCUGGAGUCCCAGACCACCAUCGGCUACGGCUUCCGCUACAUCAGCGAGGAGUGCCCGCUGGCCAUCGUCUUGCUCAUUAGCCAACUGGUCCUCACCACCAUCAUGGAGAUCUUCAUCACGGGCACUUUCUUGGCCAAGAUUGCCCGGCCUAAGAAGAGGGCGGAAACCAUCAAGUUUAGCCAGAAUGCGGUGGUGGCUCAGCACAAUGGCAAGACGUGUCUAAUGAUCCGGGUGGCCAACAUGCGCAAAAGUCUGCUCAUCGGCUGCCAGGUGACCGGCAAGCUCCUCCAGACCCACCUCACCAAAGAAGGGGAGAAUGUCCAACUCAACCAGGUCAACGUGCACUUCCAGGUGGACACCUCCUCUGACAGCCCCUUCCUCAUCCUGCCCCUCACCUUUUACCACAUAGUGGACGAAAACAGCCCCUUCCGGGACAUGGCCCUGCGCACGGGCGAAGGAGACUUUGAACUGGUGGUCAUUCUCAGCGGCACCGUGGAGUCGACUAGCGCCACCUGCCAGGUGCGCACCUCCUACCUCCCUGAGGAGAUCCUCUGGGGCUACGAAUUCACCCCCGUCAUUUCUCUCUCGGCCAGUGGGAAGUACGUCGCCGAUUUCAGUCUCUUUGAGCAGGUGGUCAAAGUUGCACCCCCUUGCUGCCUCUAUGAGACCGUACGAUAUGGAGACCCCGAAAAACUGAAGCUGGAGGAAUCCUUUCGGGAGAAGGCCGAGAGGGGAAGCAGCCCGCUAAGUGUUCGGAUCAGCAACGUUUGA